CAGACAACCUUGGGCCAUGGGAUCCGGGAGUGUGGGCUCCUUGUGCAAAUUGCAAAAGUGGGGGGCGUGGCUGGUAUGCAACAACCACAAGCAGCUCUCGGAUAUCUCUGAGGGAGUGUUCUACUGUCCAUGACUUGUAAUGGAUGCUCCAGUUGAACCAUCACCUCGUUUUGGUCAAUUCUCUGCAGUUGACGGACACCAUUACAUGUGGAGGGGGAAGGGUCCAGGACGAGAGUCUAACAUAAUUGCUUUGUAUGAUCCAAAAACUUACCUGUGGAGCCUUUUUCCCACUACUGGACCUCUACCCCCUGGAGAGCAUGGUGGUUGCUCUGUUUGUGUAGGUCGUUGCCUGUACACCUUUGGUGGUAGUGUGGGUUGGUUUUCUUACUACAAUGACAUUAGCAAGCUUGAUCUGGACACUCUCCAGUGGAGCAAAGUUCAAACCUCUGGUAGUCAGCCUAUUAAAAAAUCUGGUUGUGGACUUGUCCGUGUGAAUGAGAGAACUCUGUGCUGCUUUGGAGGAGUCGGUAUUGACGGCCCCACACAACCAGGAUCAUCAUUCAACAAAAUUGGACUGCCUGGCGGAAGUGGAUGGACAAACGAGUUCCAUUUCUUUGACACACAAGAUGGUAAUAUUUGUCAACGUGUACACAUUCGCUGCAUGUUUUAAUAGCAUAAACUUAUAGGGUAUCUAGCUACUGGUGGGCAGAGUCAUACCUAGUUGGGUGUGGUCCGACUGUCCCGGUUGGGGGACACGCUUAUAUAGGAUUGUACUGCUGCACUGAGAAGUGCAGCCCAAUCAGAUUGCAGUAUUUCUGAGAUAACGAUAUUCAUGACUCAAAUAAGCAGAUAUGUGGUUUUUAUGAUGCUUAUAGAGUAAGCCAAGGUCAACAGGGUCACUUUUAAUGAAAACAUUAAUCAUCUUGUCUUGGGUUUUUGACCUAGCUUUAAUUGCUUGAAUUAAGCUACCAUUCCUGUUGCUCUUGAUCGUUUAUUUGCCUGAUAGGAAAGCUUGCUAUACCUAGAUCUAUCCAGUACAGCAAACCAGUGCGUCAAAAUUUAUACCCUAGCUACGGAAGGCAUAUCUUGUGGUUUCGAAGAAUGUAAUCAAAGGUCAAAGGUUGCAAUUAAAUCUGGGAUCUUUUCUCUCAAGCUGAUUCGUCUGGGGCUGAGGAUGAAGCUAGUGGUGAUGUAUAAACUCAGGGGCGCGAGGGUAAACUCAGUUUUACAUGUAAAACAUAAGCCACGUGAUGUUUUAAUUAGCCAUUGGUGUACCUCCUCUGGAGCAGUAAUGUAUAACGCAACAGUACAAAUCCUAUAUAAGCAUGUCACUCGGCCACCCGUCAGAACGGGUGCCGGGCGUGAGCCCAGCUAUUCCACUCUCGCUCACGCAGGAAACUAUGUUCCACCUUCCCAAUCAUGUAAACCCUGAAUGCCAUACGCUAUAUUCUCCUCGAAGACUCAAAGAAAAGUGCCCUGACGCAAACACACAGGCUGGCGAGCAGAUGUUUGUCUGGCUUGGUAGAUUUAAGCAUAUUCUGUGUGCAAUGAAUAAGCAGCACCAUCUAUUUUACCUGCACAGAAUGGUUCGAAGGAGGAAUGCAUACACAGUGAAAUGCUAUAAAGCUGGAAAAAAACCCAUUCUGCCAAUAUCCAAACUCUAAUUGACUCAUUCUCCUGAAUGCUGAAAUGCUAUAUACUUGCAUGCAUACCUAUGUAUUCCCUUUAACAAUCUCUCUAGUUCCGUGUAGCAAUCAUGCAAAUGUUCAUGCAAUGUUUGAUGAUCAGUGAUUCACUGGUCACUAGUCAAUUGGAAGGGAUGUUGCCACAAUGGAGCGAGCUAAUCUGAUGGCUUGAAUUGAUGAUCUUAUAGAAGUGAAAAUGAGAGGCAGAAUCUUAGCCAUCUCGGCCAAUUCAUUGCCGAGAUGUAGGAUUGCCCCAUUUGUGUACAAAUGUUAUUUGUUGAUGUUGCAGCAGGGCCAAGGACAUCACGAGUGGGGUGAAGGAUUUUGUGGAUUGGACUUUCAUAUAUUCUGCUCAAUAGCCCAUCCGCAGCAAUGUUUUGGAGGACUCCUUAUGUGACGUUUGCUGCAUGUGGUCCCAGGAGGUGUUCUCCGGAGAUUGGCUGUAGGUGUGGUUCUGAUAGGACGUUAUGUUUCUGAUCUCGUUGUGAAGUAACAAUGGGAAACUUCCCUUAGGGCAUAAAGAUGGGUUGACCAUCUAUGGUUUGACGACGGUUUGAUAGAGAACUCGUACUCAGUGUUAAAUGAGAAGUGUGGGAGCCGGGCCGGGUAGGUACAUUGAAACCGAAUUCUGACACGGGGAGAGCAGUCAGGCAGCUUGAGGCACCUUUCUCCUAGGCUGAGUGUUUGUAUAGUGUGUACGUACGUACCUAGCUCCAGUUUGUGUGUAAUGAAAAUUUUCUAACAACUGGCCUUACCCAAACAGACCACACCCUUAAGCCAUCUCAAAUCAUGCAUCAAAUGACGAAUGUUACUUCGGUUACAAAAAUAUAGCCUCCGGUUGAAGUAUAAGAAAGGCCGGGAGAUGUAUUUGGCGGACACACUGAGCAGAGCAUACCUACCAGAAGUCAAUGUGUGCGAGUCCAUCCAGAAACUAGAGGAAGUGGAUCACACAUCCACAUUGGCCAUUCCUGCUGACAGAAUAGAACGUUUGAAGCAAGCAUCGUCGGAGGAUCCCGUUUUGGACGUGCUGCGACUCACCGUUUUAAAAGGUUGGCCCGAAACGAAAUCGGAGGUACCAGAGAGCAUACAUGCAUAUUAUGACAUUCGUGACGAAUUGACAGUGCAAGACUCGUUGAUCUUCAAAGGACAACGAUUAGUGAUCCCAGUGGCGUUACGGAAGGAGAUGAUUGAAUUGGUCCACACUACUCAUAUUGGAGUGGAGGGAUGCCUCAGACGGGCAAGAGAAACAAUGUAUUGGCCACGAAUGUCGACGGAGCUCAAAGAAUACAUAUCGAAGUGUGAUGUGUGUGCAAGUCACCGAGUCAUGCAAGGCAAAGAACCUCUCCAGCAGCACAGAUUUGCAGCCCGACCAUGGUCAAAAGUGGGAGCCGACUUAUGUGAGCUAAAAGGACGUACAUUACUUGUGGUGAGUGAUUACUUUAGUAAUUACGUUGAAGUCGAGAAUGUUAGCAAACCCAAUACAAAUGGGGUGACCAAGCCGUUGAAGGCCAUGUUUGCAAGGUGGGGUGUGCCUGAAGAGUUGGUGUCAGACAACGGCCCACAAUUCAGCUCAACAGAGUUCGCAGAAUUUUCAAGAAAAUGGGGUUUCGAACACACCACAUCAUCCCCACACUACCCACAAUCGAAUGGGAAAGCGGAAAAUGCGGUCAAGACUGUAAAACGGUUAUUUACCAAGGCCAGAGAAGCUGGCCAAUCCGAAUUCCAGGCUCUACUAGACUGGCGUAACACACCCACAGAAGGAAUAGGCACCAGCCCAGCGCAACGGUUCCUUGGUCGCCGAUGCAAAACACUCCUUCCCACAACCAGAGCACUAUUACAACCUCAGUACUCAACAGAGGAGGACACGCAAGCGAUAAACCAGCAGAAAAAACGUCAGGAACUCUAUUACAAUCGUCAAACCAAACCACUAACACCUUUGACCUCGGGAGACACAGUGAGAUUGCGCUUACCUGGAGAGAAAAUUUGGAGUGCUGGUGUCUGCACAGGACUAGUUGGCCCCAGAAGCUAUAAAGUCCAAGUAGGUGGUCACGAGUACAGACGAAACCGCCGUCAAGUGAUUCAAACUGAGGAACCUCGAGAGAUUGAGCUCCCAGAAGCUAUAGUCCAAGAAGAGCAGCCAAGUAGUGAACAGGGACCUGCCCCGAACGAUACCACAAGGAAUGUGUCCCCUCAAUUAGAAACUAACAUACCCAAACCUGUACGCAGGUCUGGACGAAAUCGGAAAUCUCCAGAUUGGUUCAUGAACUAUGUCCCAGCAUAGGACAGAACACAAGUACGCGUUAUUAUGUAGCCUGUUAUUACCUUUAUUGUUAAAUGUAGUCAUUAGAAUUAUGGGUCACUAUUAUUUUUCUAUGGACCAUUAUGUUAAUUUGUUUAUGUCAUCUAUUUGGUUAUGUAUCGUUUAGUUAUGUUUUUUGGGAAAAAAAAAGAUGUCACGAUAUUUAACAUUACAUCA